CUGGAGGCUUUGGUUUCUCCUCUUUUUGCUGCUGCCAAACUUUCUUCUUUCCACCAGGCAAGAUGUCUAUGUUAGAUAUGACCGAGUUUGGGGAGGCUGCUGAAUACCUCCGAAAAAGCUACACAGAGCAAUUGAAGCUUCAAACCAUCCCGUUUGAUGGAAAGAAGCGAGCGUGGAUCCCAGAUGAGAAGGAAGCCUACCUUGAAAUUGAAAUCAGAGAAUCCUCUGGUGGCAAAGUCACCGUGGAAACCAAAGAUAAGCAAACUCGUGUUGUCAAGGAGGAUGACAUCCAGCAGAUGAAUCCUCCUAAGUUUGAUAUGAUAGAAGACAUGGCUAUGCUGACUCAUCUAAAUGAGGCCUCUGUGCUAUACAACUUAAAACGCCGCUAUUCCCACUGGAUGAUCUAUACCUAUUCAGGAUUAUUCUGUGUCACUAUAAACCCAUAUAAGUGGCUUCCAGUCUACACUGCCCCUGUGGUAGCAGUCUACAAGGGAAAGCGGAGGUCUGAGGUCCCACCCCACAUCUACUCCAUUGCGGACAAUGCCUACAAUGACAUGUUGCGCAAUCGUGAGAACCAGUCAAUGCUCAUCACCGGAGAAUCUGGUGCUGGUAAGACUGUAAACACCAAGAGGGUCAUUCAGUACUUUGCCAUUGUCGCAGCCUUGGGCGACACACCGGGCAAGAAAACACAAGCUCCUGCCACUAGAACUGGGGGAACCCUUGAAGAUCAAAUCAUUGAGGCUAAUCCAGCUAUGGAAGCCUUUGGCAAUGCCAAAACCUUGAGAAAUGACAACUCUUCACGCUUUGGCAAGUUCAUUCGAAUCCAUUUUGGCCCCUCCGGGAAGUUGGCCUCUGCUGAUAUUGACAUAUACUUGCUGGAAAAAUCAAGAGUGAUUUUCCAGCAACCUGGAGAGAGAAGCUACCACAUCUACUACCAGAUCCUAUCUGGGAAGAAACCAGAGCUCCAAGACAUGCUGCUGCUCUCUCUCAACCCCUAUGACUACCACUUUUGUUCACAAGGCGUAACGACUGUGGACAACCUGGAUGAUGGCGAGGAACUAAUGGCUACAGAUCAUGCCAUGGAUAUCCUGGGCUUCAGCAAUGAUGAGAAGUAUGGCUGCUAUAAAAUAGUGGGAGCCAUCAUGCACUUUGGCAACAUGAAGUUCAAGCAGAAGCAGAGGGAGGAGCAGGCUGAAGCUGAUGGCACUGAAAGUGCUGACAAGGCUGCCUAUCUCAUGGGAAUCAGCUCAGCUGAUCUCAUCAAAGGGCUGCUCCAUCCCAGAGUGAAAGUAGGAAAUGAGUAUGUGACCAAAGGUCAGAAUGUUGAACAGGUGGUGUACGCAGUCGGGGCCUUGGCAAAAGCCACCUACGAUCGUAUGUUUAAGUGGCUGGUGACUCGUAUCAACAGAACCCUAGACACCAGGCUGGCCAGGCAAUUCUUCAUUGGAGUACUGGACAUUGCAGGCUUUGAGAUCUUUGAGUAUAACAGCUUUGAGCAGCUAUGCAUCAAUUUCACCAAUGAGAAAUUGCAGCAGUUCUUCAACCACCACAUGUUUGUUCUGGAGCAAGAAGAAUACAAAAAGGAAGGCAUUGAGUGGGUCUUCAUUGACUUUGGCCUGGAUUUGCAAGCCUGCAUUGAUCUGAUUGAGAAGCCCCUGGGAAUCCUUUCCAUCCUGGAGGAGGAAUGCAUGUUUCCCAAAGCCUCUGACAUGUCCUUCAAAGCCAAGCUGUAUGACAACCACAUUGGAAAGUCGCCCAACUUCCAAAAGCCGCGGCCAGAUAAAAGGCGCAAAUAUGAGGCUCAUUUUGAGCUGGUACACUAUGCUGGAGUGGUGCCUUACAAUAUCAUUGGGUGGCUGGAUAAGAAUAAAGACCCCCUGAAUGAGACAGUGGUGGCUAUCUUCCAGAAAUCUCAGAAUAAGCUCCUGUCUGCUGUAUAUGAGAAUUAUGUGAGUGCCACUUCAGAAGAUCCACCCAAGUCAGGAAUCAAGGAGAAGCGUAAGAAGGCAGCUUCCUUCCAAACUGUGUCUCAGCUGCACAAGGAGAACCUCAACAAGCUGAUGACUAACCUGCGUGCCACCCAGCCUCACUUUGUCCGCUGCAUCAUCCCCAAUGAAACUAAGACCCCAGGAGCCAUGGACCCCUUCCUGGUGCUGCACCAACUGCGGUGUAAUGGUGUGCUGGAGGGCAUUCGGAUUUGCCGCAAAGGAUUCCCAAACAGGAUCCUCUAUGCUGAUUUCAAGCAACGCUAUCGUAUCCUGAAUCCUGCUGCUAUUCCUGAUGACAAGUUUGUGGACAGCAGAAAGGCCACAGAGAAACUGCUGAGCUCCUUGGAUCUGGAUCACACACAGUUCAAAUUUGGUCACACUAAGGUAUUUUUCAAAGCUGGUUUGCUGGGCCAUUUAGAGGAGAUGCGAGAUGAGCGGCUGGCCAAAAUCCUAACAAUGCUGCAGGCCAGAAUCCGUGGGCGGCUGAUGCGUAUUGAGUAUCAGAAGAUCAUCAGCAGGAGGGAUGCACUCUACACCAUCCAGUGGAACAUCCGUGCUUUCAAUGUUGUUAAGAAUUGGUCCUGGAUGAAGCUCUUCUUUAAGAUCAAGCCCCUGCUCAGGUCAGCUCAGACUGAGAAGGAAAUGGCCACCCUGAAGGAGGAGUUCCAGAAGCUGAAGGAGGCUUUGGAGAAGUCAGAGGCUAAGAGGAAGGAGCUAGAAGAGAAACAAGUCACCAUGAUUCAGGAGAAAAAUGACCUGGCUCUCCAGCUCCAGGCUGAGCAAGACAACCUGGCCGAUGCAGAAGAGCGCUGUGACCUGCUGAUCAAAGCCAAGAUACAGCUAGAGGCUAAAGUGAAGGAGCUGACAGAGCGUGUGGAGGAUGAAGAGGAGAUAAAUUCAGACCUGACCUCCAAGAAACGCAAGCUGGAAGAUGAAUGUGCUGAAUUGAAAAAGGACAUUGAUGACCUAGAAAUCACACUGGCAAAGGUGGAGAAGGAGAAGCAUGCCACGGAGAACAAGGUUAAAAACCUGAUUGAAGAAAUGGCUGCUCUAGAUGAGGUCAUUGCCAAGCUUACCAAAGAGAAGAAAGCACUGCAAGAGGCACAUCAACAGGCCCUAGAUGAUCUGCAGGCCGAGGAGGACAAGGUCAACACCCUGACCAAGGCCAAAGUCAAACUGGAGCAGCAAGUGGAUGAUUUGGAAAGUUCUCUUGAACAAGAGAAGAAGAUAAGGAUGGACCUGGAACGAGCAAAGCGCAAGCUGGAAGGGGACCUGAAGCUGACACAGGAGUCAGUGAUGGAUUUGGAAAAUGAUAAGCAACAACUGGAAGAGAAACUCAAAAAGAAGGACUUUGAAAUGAACCAGUUAAACUCCAGGAUUGAAGAUCAGCAGGUGCUUGAGGCACAGCUGCAAAAGAAAAUCAAAGAGCUCCAGGCCCGUAUUGAGGAGUUGGAGGAGGAGCUGGAGGCUGAGAGAGCUGCCAGAGCCAAGGUAGAGAAGCAGCGUGCAGAAGUGGCCCGAGAGUUGGAGGAGCUGAGUGAGCGGCUGGAGGAGGCUGGUGGUGCCACAGCCAUCCAGCUGGAAAUGAAUAAGAAGCGGGAGGCUGAGUUCCUGAAGCUGCGCCGGGACCUGGAGGAGGCAACACUGCAGCAUGAAUCAACAGCUGCAGCCCUGCGCAAGAAGCAUGCUGACUCGGUAGCUGAGCUGAGUGAGCAGAUCGACAACCUUCAACGAGUCAAGCAGAAGCUGGAGAAAGAGAAGAGUGAGAUGAAGAUGGAAGUGGAUGACCUAUCCUCCAACAUUGAAUACCUCACCAAGAACAAGGCAAAUGCUGAAAAGCUGUGCCGAACCUACGAGGAUCAGCUGAAUGAAGCCAAGUCCAAAGUGGAUGAGCUGCAGCGGCAGCUGGCUGACGUGAGCACCCAGCGAGCCAGGCUGCAGACAGAGAGUGGGGAGCUGAGCCGGCUCCUGGAGGAAAAGGAGUCUUUUAUCAACCAGUUGACCCGUGGGAAGACCUCAUUUACACAGAUGAUUGAGGAGCUCAAGAGGCAGCUAGAAGAAGAGACCAAGUCCAAAAAUGCCUUAGCGCAUGCCCUGCAAGCAUCUCGCCAUGACUGUGACCUCCUGCGGGAACAGUAUGAGGAAGAGGUAGAAGCCAAGAGUGAGCUCCAGAGGUCCCUGUCAAAGGCCAAUGCUGAGGUGGCCCAGUGGAGAACCAAGUAUGAGACGGAUGCCAUUCAAAGGACAGAAGAACUAGAGGAGGCGAAGAAGAAGCUGGCCAUCAGGCUGCAGGAGGCAGAGGAGGCUGUGGAGGCUGCACACGCCAAGUGCUCCUCCCUAGAGAAAACUAAGCACCGGCUGCAGACGGAGAUCGAGGAUCUGUCCAUUGACUUGGAGAGAGCCAACUCUGCAGCUGCUGCCCUGGACAAAAAGCAGCGCAACUUUGACAGGAUCAUUGCUGAGUGGAAACAGAAGUAUGAAGAGACCCAGGCAGAGCUGGAGGCCUCACAGAAAGAGUCUCGUAGCCUGAGCACUGAACUCUUCAAGCUCAAGAAUGCCUACGAGGAGUCCCUGGACAACCUGGAGACCCUCAAACGAGAGAACAAAAACCUGCAAGAGGAGAUUGCUGACUUGACAGACCAGAUCAGCAUGAGUGGCAAGACGAUCCAUGAGCUGGAGAAGCUGAAAAAGACCCUGGAGUGUGAGAAGAGUGAGAUCCAGGCUGCCCUGGAGGAGGCUGAGGGGGCACUGGAACAUGAAGAGAGCAAGACCCUGAGAAUCCAGCUGGAGUUGAACCAGGUCAAGGCUGAUGUGGACAGGAAACUAGCAGAGAAGGAUGAGGAAUUUGAGAACCUGAGGCGCAACCACCAGCGUGCCAUGGAUUCCAUGCAGGCCACGCUGGAUGCAGAGGCUAAAGCUAGGAAUGAAGCCAUCAGGCUGAGGAAGAAGAUGGAGGGAGACUUGAAUGAGAUGGAGAUACAGCUGAGCCACGCCAACCGCCAGGCUGCUGAGGCCCAGAAGAUGGUUCGGCAGCUCCAGUCUCAAAUCAAAGACCUGCAAAUUGAGCUGGAUGACACCAUGCGCCAUAAUGAUGACCUCAAGGAGCAGGCAGCAGCCCUAGAGAGGCGCAACAACCUGCUGCUGGCAGAGGUGGAGGAGCUGCGGGCAGCACUGGAGCAAGCUGAGCGGGGCAGGAAGCUAGCUGAGCAGGAACUGUUGGAGGCUACUGAAAGAGUGAAUCUGCUUCACUCACAGAACACAGGCCUGAUUAACCAGAAGAAGAAGAUGGAGGCAGACAUUGCCCAACUGACCACAGAGGUGGAAGAGGCUGUGCAGGAAUGUCGCAAUGCAGAGGAGAAGGCCAAGAAAGCAAUCACAGAUGCAGCCAUGAUGGCAGAGGAACUGAAGAAGGAGCAGGACACAAGUGCCCACCUGGAGCGGAUGAAGAAGAACAUGGAACAGACCAUCAAGGACCUGCAGAUGCGCCUAGAUGAGGCUGAGCAGAUUGCCCUCAAAGGAGGCAAGAAGCAGAUCCAGAAGCUGGAGGCCAGAGUGAGGGAGCUGGAGGGGGAGCUGGACAUUGAGCAGAAGAAGACAGCUGAGGCCCAGAAAGGCAUCCGCAAGUAUGAGAGGAGGAUCAAGGAGCUGACCUACCAGACUGAGGAGGACAGAAAGAACCUGGCCCGGAUGCAGGACCUGAUUGACAAACUGCAGACCAAAGUCAAGAGCUACAAGCGGCAGUAUGAGGAAGCAGAGCAGCAGGCUAAUUCCAACCUGGUGAAAUACCGCAAGGUACAGCAUGAACUGGAUGAUGCAGAGGAGCGAGCUGACAUUGCUGAGACACAGGUCAACAAGCUGCGUGCCCGCAGCAGGGAGGUGGUCAUCACAUCGAAGCAUGAAGAGUAGAAGCCAGAAAAUGCCAGCCUCACUCCUCCUAUUACAUAUGCCUGAUGCACCUUAGGUGCAAAUGGCUGCAACAGUCAUUGCAUCUUUUUACUGAGUGAAUAAAGUUAGCUUUCCAAGA